CACAUUAUGAUUUUUUAUUAAAACAUUUAAUUUAUCUACUUAUCUUAAUUUAUCUAUCAAGUCAACAAGUGAAGGAUCCUAAUCAACUUGUCUGAUUAUAUUUUGCUGAACAUUAUCUCCUCCGGUCCUCUCCUCAGUAGUGUGGAGUUUCGCUGGUCUGAGAUGACAGACGCGUCAGGGCGCGGUUUUGAGGGGGAGCCUCUGAAGGGUGGAGAGGCAGAAGGGGGCGUGUCUAAGGAGAAAAGCUGCACUGGGAAGCUGGGCUUACCACACCUGACAGGCUGGCGGACAGCUACGUUCCUGCUCUCUCUCUUCUUGUGCCUGGCUGUUGUCUUCGCAUUUUCGUUCAUCCUGCCCUGUCCCGUACGGCCGCAUUACCUGUCCACGUGGAACCACACAUUACCUGAUGCAGCCACGUAUGAUUUCCUGGCUGUUGAAGAUGCCAAUAAAGACAAAGUCUUGGAUGUGAUCUUCCUGUAUAAGGGUGCUGAAGCCAGCCGCAAUACGUGCAUGAGUGAAGAUUUAUCACCUCCAUGUCUGGUUUUAUUGGCUGUUGACGGAACUGACGGGAAGAUGCUGUGGAAACGUCCUUUAGCAGCUGAAUUUAAUUGGGUGGAGUGUGGGGUGAAGGGGAUCGGAUUUAAAGGAACAGGAUGUUUGGUGGCUCACGCAGACAAUCUCACAGCCAUCGACAAACAGACAGGUGGGAUUGUAUGGCAGCAGUCGCGCUCUUCUAUGAUGAAUGGAAAUCUUCCGCUGAUCAGCGUUCCGGAUCUGGACUCUGAUGGAGCAGAAGAAUUUGCUGUGCUUUCAUAUAAUCCUCAAGCACCAUCAUUCACUCCCAUACCGACAGAGCUGGUGUUUUUCUCAGGGAAAUCAGGUGAUCAGAUUGGCUCAAGGGUGAAUGUUGAUCUGAAUGGAGUAUUUGGUCACCUGCAGUUCAAAAUGGCCAGUGGAGCUUCAUACCUGCUGUUACUCACAGACUCCGGUCUCUCCGCGGUGAGUUUGCAGCAGUUGGCGGCUCGGGCUCGGACUGGUCUGGGGUCUGCACUGAAGAAAGAAAACAGCUGGGAGGACAAAGCCGACCAUCAAACCGGAUUCAUCCACCUCUAUCAGUCUGAUUCUCUGAAGCGUGUGCUGGUGGUUCACGGAGGUUCUUCUCCAUCACUGCUGGUCCAGACUGACUCCAGCGUGUCACUGCUACACAUGGACAAACUGAAUAUCGCGUGGACCACCAAUACCAGCACACUGCUCAGUGUGCCAACAUUUGGGCAAUUUGACAAAGAUGGAAUUCCUGACAUAAUAAUUGAGGAAGACCUUGGCAACGAAACCAAAAGAGUGAUGAUUCUCAGUGGACGUUCUGGAGAUGUCCUGUGGAAGGUGAACCUGUUGUCCUGGACACAGAGUCCUCGUCCAGCAUCUGUCCUCACACUAAACACCUACUCUGUGUUCAUGCUUUGGGGACAGAAUCACGGCAAUGAGACAAUGCAUUCAUCAUUUCUGCUGCAUCCGCGUUAUUCUCAACUGCUGCUUGAACUAAGAAAUCCAGCACAGAACAUCAUCUCAUUUAAAGCAACACUGUUGGAGCGAGGUCGUCACGCCUGUUACCUCGUCUUGACGGGACCGGACGGACGGCAGCACGCAGAAUCAGGCGGGACGGAGUCAGUGGUUCUGACCAAACGAAAGAUCAAAGACGACGUAUCAGAAAGCGCCGUUAGGGGCGUAGCAGCAGAUGAACCCAUCUCUGAAGACACGGAGGAGUCUGUGAAAGAGGCGUUUAAAAGGCUGCGGUUCAGUGAUGAACUUUUCUGAAACAUAAUCACAUAUAGGGUAUAUAUUGACACGAAAUGUCAAUCCAAAAGACAUAUGUACAACAGCCUUGCAACAGUAGCUGCAUUUACAACUUGCAUCCUACUUCAACUGAAUGUACAAAUUUAGAAGAAACAUGCAAAUCACAAACUCUUGAGUCCUGCUGCAUUAUUUUACGUCAAUCAUAAAAUACUGCUAAGCAUUUAAAGUUUUAUACGGUAUUUUUAUAAACAUUUUCAGGGAUUUAGGGGAUUUACGUUAUGUAAAUAUGAAUGUCUUGAACAAAUUAUAAAUUAUGUUUUGCAUAAAUAAUUUUUGGUAACACUUUACAAUAAGGUUCUAUUUGUUAACAUUAGUUAAUGCAUUAAGUACCAGAAACUAACGAUGAACAAUAUAUUGUUUACAGCAUUUGUUAACAUUAAGUAGUGUUCGUUAAUAAAAAUACAAUUGUUCAUUGUUAGUUCCUGUUAGAUCAUAAUGCAUUAACUAAUAUUUAACAUACAACUAUAUGUUUAAAUUAACAUUAACCAAAAGUAAUAAAUGUUUUUUAAAAGUAUUGUUCAUUGUUAGUUCAUCUGUAAUGUAGCAAACUAAUGUUUACAUAAUUUGGAUUUAAAUAAGCAGAUACUUAAGAUUGGAUCAUUAUUGCAGCAAUCAGGGCUGUUUCUAGGCAUGGGCGAACUAGGCGGUCACCUAGGGCGCCACCGGGGGGAGGGGGCACCAAUGCAGACCAGACCACGGACCAACAGGGUGAGAUCGCUACCCCCGGGUGCCAUUUAGCCAAAUGGAACAUUAUUGUAAAAUGUUACCAAAUUAUUAUUAUUUUUAUUUAUUUUUUUGACAAUGUGACAUUACAUUUACAACAGUUAAGCACAUUUCCCCCACAAAAUCACUUUACUGUAAAGCAAAAAAAAAAAUCUAAUUUCUGUGCACUUAAUUACUGAAAUGAGUAUCGGUACAAAGUAUGACAAAUUUAUUUUAUUAAAAUCUGAAAUGUAAUUAAUUAAAUUCAGUACAACAAAAAUGUAUGAUGAUGUAUACUGACAAUUGUCCUUUACACAUGUACUUUAUAAUUAAUAAAUUAUAUUUAACUAUUUAUUACAAUAAUGAGAAUGAGAUCAUAAAGCAUUCCAGUAGUGAGAAUGUAGGUGCAAAAUGAACUGUAAUGAAAAUAAUGUCACAGUGCAAAAAAAUCUUCAAGAUCCUAAAAUAGGCUUCAUUUUCUUAACGCAGAAUAUUUUUUUCACAGUUUUCUUGAGAUUCACCGAUAAAUGUCUUUGGUCAUUGUGGUGUUUUCAUUGUGUGUUUAACACUAAACGUCUGCGUUGUGUUUCACAAACCAUUGGAAUGUAUUUUGCAAGGUCGUCUUUCGUUAGUUGUGUGUCAGAAAGAGAGAAAGAGAGAAUGUUUUAUCUUUGCAGUGCAGUUUAGCUCCUGUGUCGCACUAAACUAGUGUCUCAUUUAGAUGAUGUAAUGAUGGUUUAAUGAGUUUGUAAAUGUUCUGUGGUGUCUUGCUACUGCUAUUAUAAUAAUGACUUUUUGCCUUGUUUCCCUUUUUUCCAUAUCAGAGAGGACUGUAUCACAUAGUGCCUUAAAUAGAGACUGCAAACGACCUAAAAAAAAUCACAUCAGAUGCUGGGAUGAGUAGUAAUAUAUAAAUUCUGUCUGUCUGCUGUUUUGAAUCUUACGUAUGAUUGUUGUGGGUUUAAGUUGGGCUGCAAAUAUUUCAUUGAACCAAUGAGCAUAAUGUUACCUUCAGUUUACAAUUGUAAUAUUAGAGCUUUAUUUUGUCUAGGUAGGAAGAUCACCUCUUGCAUCAAAACUAGAUGCCUUUGAGUCUAAAGAAUCCUAAAUAAAUGAUAAAAAAAGGAUUAUAUGUGUCUGUUGAAGAUGUCAAUUUUUAAAAUGCUUAGCUGCCUUUAUGCAUUGAAUUUAUAAAUAGAAUUUGAUUUGCUAUUAUUAUUAUCACUACUAUUAAUUGAUUGAGUGAUUCACUGAUUUUGUA